AUGGAUUCAAUCAUUGAUAAAUUCCCCAAUCACUUUUCUGGGCAUUUGGUAGCAAUACCAUACCCAGGAAGAGGCCACAUCAAUCAAUUGAUGAACUUCUGCAAGCUCAUAUCCAAACAAAGAUCCGAUUUUCUCAUAACCUUCAUAGUUACUGAAGAGUGGCUGGGAUUCUUGAGCUCCGAACCGGAAUCCGGUCACAACAUCCGAUUUGCUUCGAUCCCCGAUGUUGUUCCUUCCGAGAAGCACCGAGCCAAAGACCAUAAGGCCUUCCUUGAUGCUGUCAAGACCAAGAUGGAAGCUCCGGUUGACCAUCUUCUGGAUCUCUUGCCAAAGCCUAAAGUCAUCAUAUACGACUCACUUUUGACUUGGGUUUUGGGAGUGGCUCGCCGGAGGGCUAUACCGGCGGCUUCGUUUUGGCCGUUGUCAGCAACAAUUUUCACUCUCCAUUACCAUUUUGAAUCUCUUAUACAGAACGGCCAGUUGCCGGCCAAUCUCCUGGAGCAAAGAGAGCAUCGGGUAAACUGCAUUCCUGGAGUUCCUUCUAUACGCAUUGCAGAUUUUCCCAAGGUACUGAUAAAAAACAAAUCUGCCCCACAAUUUGUUCCUGUGGCUUGCAAAGCGGACUAUCUACUGAUGGCUUCAGUCUACGAAUUGGAAUCUCAAGUCAUUGACAUUUUGAAGAAGAAGCUCCCCUGUCCUGUCUACACCAUAGGACUAUCAAUUCCUUCGUUCAAUGAGAACAACAACAAUGAUGAUGAUCAUAAUUCUUGGUUGGAUGCUCAACCUAAAGCUUCUGUGUUGUAUAUUUCUCAGGGGAGUUUUUUUGCUUCCUCUGAUGAACAGUUGGACGAAUAUGUUGCGGGGAUUCGAGACAGUGGGAUUAGGUUCUUUUGGGUAGCAAGGGAAAACAGAGAGAAAUUUGUUGAUGGACUUGGUGAUGGUGAUUCCUGUAAGGGUUUGGUUGUGACUUGGUGUGAUCAGUUGAAAGUGUUGUCACAUCCUAGUAUUGGUGGAUUUUGGUCGCAUUGCGGAUGGAAUUCCGCUAAAGAAGCUGCAUUUUCUGGUGUACCGGUUCUUACUUGCCCGAUUGCAUUGGAUCAAUUCACAAAUAGCAAGCAGGUUGUGGAAGACUGGAAGAUUGGUUUGAGAAUGAAUGAAGAUAAUGGUGGGAGGUUGGUGAAAAUGGGAGAAAUAUCAAGGAUUUUAAAGAGUUUUAUGGAUGAAGAAAGUGAAGAAAUGCAAGAAAUGAGGAGAAGAGCACAGGAGAUCGGUGAAGUUUGUCGAAGGGCGAGUUAUGAAUGUGAAAUUGAGGCAUUCAUCCAGGAAAUCUCCAAGCUGUAG